AUGGCGGUGCAGGGCCAGCUGGACCUCAAGCCUGGAGACCGGCGAGCCCUCAAAGCAAGCAUCGCUGGCAUGUGUGGGCUGCUUCUAUGGAGGCUGCAGUUGAGCUGUGCGCCGCAUCUCUGUUUUGCAAGCUCGCCAAGCCUGCGGGUCUCACGAAGUCGACCGCUGAGUCGCGAGCAUCUCACUAGCACCCCGCAUGUGUCCUCUGCCAGGCAGAAGCCCAGUUCUGGCCGAACCCUUGCAGCUCCUGUGGCACUUCUGGCUGGAGCGGGAGCUGGUGCCGCCGCCAACUCCCGUCGGCGCAGGUCAGUCACAGGCCGGAUGUCUGCACAGGCAGACGGAGAGACGGCUCGGGAUCCAGAAGCAGGGGCCGAACGGGUGGCCCGGGAUCCAGAAGCACAGGCCGCUGAAGCCGCCCGCAGGGGUGAAAGCGACGAUGGCUUGAAGGGGUUUGUCCGAAAAUUGAAGGAAGACCCUGAGUUUCAGGAGGAUGUGAAGACGUUUUUCACAUCACUCACCGUGGCUCUUUUGAUCAGAGGCUUCCUGGUCGAGCCACGCUUUAUUCCGUCCUUGUCCAUGUACCCGAACUUCGACAUAGGUGACCAGCUGACAGUUGACAAGGUCUCAAAACGUUGGCGCGAGUACCAGCGCAGAGAUGUUGUCGUCUUCAACCCACCACCAGCUUUUAGCCUGGUUGUUGGCGGUGACAGAUCUGGAGAUGCCUUGAUCAAGCGAAUCGUCGCUCUUGCAGGGGACACGGUCGAGAUAAAGAAUGGCGGAACCUUGUACAUCAACGGUGAAGCACAGGACGAACCUUUCACGAACGAGGCCGCAAAGUACGACUUUGGACCUAUUACAGUUCCAGACGGAUGUGUCUUCGUCCUCGGCGACAACAGGAACCAAUCUCUGGAUGGGCACGUUUGGGGCCCCCUUCCUCUCGAAAACAUCAUCGGACGCGCGACUCUGAAGUUUUGGCCACCAUGGCAUGUUGGUUCAAUCGUCGCAGCUCCGCCUUGA